GUCCACAUUGUUCAACAGGUUUCAAAAAACCGAUACGUGACACAAAAUCUGGAGUGCAGAUCCGUGAUCUCGGAGACGCUCACAUUUCUGGACGACGUGAAAAGGUCGACGAAGAAACACAAAGACUCUGUGACACCUUGGUUUGCCCGCCCGCGAAACACACUGGACAUUCCUUUUGCUAUUGGUGGGCUUCACGGCACAAGUCCGACAGAUGUGAUCGAAGCGUACGACGCACGAGCAGACCGGUGGAUUGUGACAAAAUAUACGUCGCUGGUGGAAUUGAUGAUACGGAUUUUCUAAACACGGUGGAAGUUUAUGACCCGGACACCAACCGAUGGACGUUCGUUGCACCAAUGCUUUCUGAACGUAGGUGGUUUGCUUGCGUCCCGUUCCACGGCUAUCUGUACGUCCUAGGAGGAAACAACAGGAUAUCAUACAAGCUCAGUACCGAAAAGUAUGACCCUGCAGAAGACACGUGGACCGAGAUCCCUGACAUGGACUUUAAAUAUCGUGACAUAAACGGAGAAGUCAUCGACGAUAUGAUCUUCAUCAGUUAUGGUAAAGAAUGUUACAAAUACAAGGAAAAUCGAUUGUUUGUUUCUUUGUUUGUUUGUUCAGGACUGUAUAAUCACAAACUGUUACUUUCGAAAUGCUCUAGGAAGUGAAUCAUUUCCGGUCAAGUUAUCCGCGAUCUUGCGGAUGCUGCACCGUGUGGUGACGUAGAAACAGCCCGACGUUUCAGAGGAUCUUACUUCUUACUCAGGGCCUUGAAUACAACGCGCGAAAAAUAGGCGAGAGGAAGGGGGUAGAGUGAAAGCAGGCAGGGCGAUGUUGCGUUCAGUCCGUAUCGUUAAAGCAAAGGCCAAAUGACUAGGUACAAAGUGGCAGACAUGAAUGUUUAUAGAUCCCGUAUGUCGAUUUGUGUCGUCAAGAACCUACCGAAUGCAAGCGAUUACGCCUACAAACACAGAGACAAAUUGAUGGUGGAGAAACGCAAAAAGGAAGGAGAAGAAACGCAAAAAAAGAAGCAGAAGAAACGUAAAAAAGGAAGAGGAGAAUCGUAAACAAAUAUUAGAUUGGGAAAAUCAGUAGUUUGCACGAACACAUUAAUUUUAAUUACUUUCCUUACGAAAAUUAUGUGGAAAACUAGGAAUUGAUGUAGGAGCUACAAAAAAUAAAAAGAGAAAUGUUGUUUGCAGCAUA